UUUUGCAAUGGACUGAGGCACUAUAUGCACCGAGUGACAGCACAUUUUCCUACCAAGAUGGAAAGCUAAAAGUUGACAGAGGAGGACGAUACUACAUCUAUGCCCAAGUCACCUUUUGCGUGAAAUCUGAGCCACAUGAGCCAUUCACUGUGUACAUGUACCUGCAUCUGCCUUCUGAGAGAGACCAGCUACUGCUGAAAGGAAUGAGAACCCCUGGCUCUACAGAUAACGUAUGUAGCCUGCAGUCAGUUCAUCUUGGAAGAGUUGUCGAGCUCCAGCAAGGGCACACUGUCUUCAUCAAUGUGACAAACUCCUCCAGAGUGAACUACGAUCACGGAAACACAUACUUUGGCAUGUUUGAGAUCUCUGAGAAGAGCCCUUGAAGCUUCACUUUGUUGAACAAAGUACCUUCCUUCAGUCCGUAAUAUUUAUAACCUCAUUCCUCUUGGGUUUUAUUGUCAUCCUAUUUUAUUUUAUUUAUUAACAGAGAAGUGGAAUGUUAAUCCUCAGAACAUGAAAUAUAAUGCU